GUUGCUUGGGUUGAAAGGGAUCAAGUUGUCUAUGCUUCUGAGUUGCAACGCGGUGCUCCCUGGGGGUUGGCCCAUGGCAUCACUGUUUAUAUCAUAGAUACUGGUAUCAAUAUUAAUCAUACUGACUUUGAAGGUAGAGCUUCAUGGGGUGCUACGAUUCCUGAAAAUGAUGAGGAUGUAGAUGGUAAUGGUCACGGUACCCAUGUUGCCGGAACUGUCUCUGGUAAACGAUAUGGUGUAGCAAAAAAAGCAAAAGUUGUUGCCGUAAAAGUUUUAAGAUCCAACGGUUCUGGUACUAUGUCUGACGUAAUUAAAGGUGUCGAAUUUGCUGCCGAGGCUCACUUAAAAGAACAAGAAAACGCCCGUAAAAGUGGUCGUCGUUUCAAGGGUUCUGGUGCUAACAUGAGUUUAGGUGGUGGUAGAAGUAAGGCUUUGGAUAUGGCCGUUGAUGGUGCCGUAAAUGUUGGUCUCCACUUCGCUGUUGCUGCUGGCAAUGAUAAUCGUGAUGCCUGUGAAUAUUCUCCUGCUGCUUCUGAAUUAUCUAUCACUGUUGGUGCUUCUACCAUUGAAGAUGAACGUGCCUGGUUCUCUAACCAUGGUUCAUGUGUUGAUGUUUUCGGUCCCGGAAAGGAUGUUCAAUCCGCUUGGAUUGGCUCACGAACUGCAACCAACACUAUCUCUGGAACUAGUAUGGCCUCUCCGCAUGUUGCCGGUUUAGUCGCAUACUUGCUUUCUCUCCAAUCCGAUUCUGAUUCUGAAUUCUUUACUGCACCUAUAACUCCAAAAGAACUCAAGAAUAUGAUCAUUAAAUAUUCUACGAAGGAUGCUCUUGCAAAACUUCCUCCUAAAACCAAUAAUUACUUGAUAUUUAACAACUUUUCUGAAUAA